CAAUAUUUCUUGCCUUCUUGCCUCAAUAAGUGACCAAAAAAUAGACUAAUCCAUUCAAAACUUCCUGCCAUAUCUGGAUUUUGACCUCUGCAAUAUAUAAACAACAUCCCUGAAGAUCAAAGAGAGAAUCCAGUUAUGGAAGGUGAUAUGAUCAGCAGGAUGCCUGAUGAAAUCCUUUUUCAUAUAAUUUCUUUACUCCCUUUUGAGUCUGCAAUUCAAACCAUUUUUCUGUCAAACCGGUGGAGGCUUCUGUGGAAUUUGGCUUUGGUUCAACAUGGAACCAAAGAAGAGGUUGCCAGUGCAGUUUCAGGAUUUCUUACAAAUUUCAAUGAGCAGAAUCCUACAAAGAAUACCAGGAAGCUUCGGUUUCAUUUUGGGAAAGAUGGUAUCCUCUCAGCUAUUAUUGCGCCGAAUAAUAAACUUCAUUUAGAUUUCUCUACUGAGAGACAGGAUCUGGUAACGCAGUUUGGUUUCGAAUUGGAGUUGAAUUGUGAAAACCUUGUCCACCAGCCAACUACCCCUUCCUUCUUUGUCAAAACUCUUAAUCUAAUCUCAGUUAACCAUCUUUCUAAUGAGGCGGUUUCGUCUACAGUUUCGAGUUUUCAGUUUCUUGAGAAUUUGAAGAUCACUGACUGCAAUGGGCUGACAUCUUUAUGCAUAAACUCCAAUACAAAGCUUCAGCAUUUGACCGUCUUUGAUUGCCCACAACUGACAUACAUCCAUAUCAAGUCUCCAAAACUCAAAACUUUCCGAUAUAGAGGACUACUUCCUUCAGUUUGGCCUGAAUUUCAUUAUAACCUGGCAGAUGCCAUGUUUGAUUCCAGGCAAGGCCCUGGAUUUAGUAGCUUCAAGAGAUGUGAUUUUGACCCAGUUUUAUUAACAAUAAAGAAUGCCAAACUUCUGACGCUAUGCAAAUGGACUUUUGAGGCACUGAUAUGUCCUUGCUUGUCCUCUUUAAGGGCGGAAUUCCAGUUCUAUAAUCUAAAAGAGUUGUGGUGGAUUGACGAUUCGAACGAAGGAUACAACAGUGACUCCUUAAUCUCUUUCCUCAAGCUCUGUCCUUCUCUAGAGCGACUCUUCAUAACUAUUGAUCCUGAAAGCUACUGCGCGACGAGCGCAGCCACAUGCUCAAUAAAAGUUGGUAUGCACACAAAAUUGAGAUAUCUCAAAGUGGUCAAAUUUGAGGGAUUCACAAAUCAGGAGGAGGAGAUCACAUUAGCUGAGCGUUUACAAGAGAUAGUUACUGUGGAUCCCGUGAUCCUGGCAACAUCUGAUGGGAACAGGUGGUGGAGUUUGGUAAAUGAUGCUGAAAACAAGUCAAAGCUACAGAAAAUGGGCAAAUUGGAAACAUUGGCUUCCCGAUCAAGCGAAACAAAAUGUUCAUAUAAGUUAGUCGAAGAAGUAAAACACAAGAAAGAGUUACUUCUUGAGCAUACUCAUAUGGGUCUGUGAUGGAAAAUUUCCAUAAAAUCCUGAGAGUCCAUGAAAGGCUUUCUAUUAUUCAUUGUAAAUAAGGCAAGCUGUAUGUAACUGCCACAAUAUUACUGGAAGUAAGAGCUUUGUUGCCCAUAAGAAAACGAUCUAAGAAUUAAAAUUUGCAGCUAUGUUGAGGCCCUCCAAGAAGCUUAUUCUUUCUUAUGAAAGUCAACCAGGGGAAACCUCUUU